CUGGAAAUUCGGCAAGGGUGAAGAUCGCCUAGAUCCUGUGCCAAGGCAGAAAGACGAACUAGGUGGCCAUAUAGCUCUUUUUUGUUUUUUUAUUAUCAUAUAUGUAUUCAGCUUUCCUUCUAUGUACUUACCGUUUUGUUUAUGCAGGCAACGAUUUGAAGAAAGUGUUGGUUUCAGCCGACGACGCUGUACUUGCGGAAAUUAAAAUCGCACUACAGUUCUUUGGCCAUCCAAGCCGUCAGAAACAAGGGAGGGCGGCCCACAUUCUCCUGCGAUACGAACCGACUUACGCACCGUUUUCGGCGGCAGACAACAUUCCAAUUCCGAGAGGCGAAGAGCAUCUUACAACCCUUAUCUUCCCCAACUUAAAAAACCUAAGGCAGACUGGUUUAGAAGCCUUUGAUUCGGAGCAGGUGGAAGAACAAGUAGCCGAAGCAGUCACCGAGGAGCCGAACCAGUCGGAAGCUGAAGUAAACGAGGCUAUAAACUUGGCCUUUGAGGAAACUAGACUCAAUUCAUCCAACCCUCCAUCCACCUCAGGCCGAGGGGAUGUCUCCUUUGAAGACAUUUUUACAGACUUAGGAGACCUUCCCAGUGCUUAUCCUGAGAAUAUGGCUGGGGAAUCGCUCACGCAACUGGCCAGGAGGAAAAACGCCAAAAAGAUGGUCGCCCGGAGGAAAGUCGAGGCUGCCCGAUCGGAAACUCCACCCGUCGCCGUCGCUGAGUCUUCUCUGCCUGUUAUUGCAAAAAAAAAGGCUCAGACUGAAAUAGCGGAGACGGAGCAGGUAGAACAGGGGGAUCAAGAGGCUGUGCAAAGGAGGGAAAAGCGCACCGCCGAGCGAGAAAUCGUCCCUGAUGAGGACCAAACCGAUAAACGACCGUGCAUUGAGGAAUCAGACUUGGUUGUUCCGUUCACCGUUCAACCAAGGAUAAGGAAUAUGUCGAUUGCCUCUGAUGUGUUGGCUUUGAAGGACCCGGCGGUGGCAUUGAGCAUGGCCUCUUCAAUCUCCCUGCCGGUUGACCGAGCCACAUUUCAGGCAGAGCCAGAUCUAAUGUUAAUUGCAUUAGCCGCUCAAUCAGCCUUAUUGACGGUGGGCAGGAUAGCCGAAAUCGGUUGCCGUCAACAUGACGCUAUAGAAUAGAUCGGCUUCUUGAAAGCCGAAAUUGACAAUGAAAAGAGCAAGGUUGCGGUAGUCUCUCAAAGGGCUGAUUUUAAGGCAUCGCAAGCGGCGGAGGAAUGUGCAAGAGCCGACUCUGAGGCCGAGCGAGCAAGGAAUUCCAACCAACUAAGGCUAGCCGCCGAAGAGAGGGCAAAAGCGAGUGAAGAUGUGCUCAAGUUAGCCAAUGAGGUAAUCGCCAAGCUGGAAGCCGACUUGGAAUAAUCGAGGAAGACAAAGGAAAUAGCCGACUCCGAGAUUUCCAAAGCAUUCCAAGCUAGGAAGGACACCGCCUUGAAAAACUACGUGGAAGAGGUGCCCAAGUUCGAAAAUUGGGGCUUCAAACACGGCUGGCUCAAAGCCCUCACUACCGCGAAUAUGACAUUGGCGCAGCCGAUUCCAUACGAGCAGGUAGACGUUGAGCCGCUGGCAUCUGGCCCUGAAGAUUGAUUAGGGGAUAUUUUGGUUUUUGGUAGGCAUCUUAGAUGCAUAGUUUUUGUAGGUUUUUGUUAGUAGAUUUUCAUUUCUUUACUUCUACUGAAAAUUUAAAUGUAAGGUAAUUUUCUUGUGUAAAAUGACUGCUAUUUGUGCUCAAUUUAUUAAUGAAAAUUUUCUAUGCUUUUCAGUUUACUGCAUAUACUAUUUGUCUUCAAUUUAUUAAUGACAAUUCCUUAUGCUUUUCUGUUUGCUACAUAUGAGUAAAUUAAACAUCCGAUAAAUUAACCGAAUCAAUUAAACAUCCUGUGCCUCUUUGCUAUUCAGCCGAAUAACUGAACGAAUCGGUAGUUAACAAUUUGGAAAGGCAUGACUAUUCGAUAAACUAACGCGUAAAACGGCUCAAGACCUCGACGUCUGGCCGAUUAGAUUAAUGAAUCUGCCACAACUACACGAACUCAAUCGCCGAAUGCUAUUAGUUCAUGGAGCGGCUGGGGCACUCAAUCCGAUCGGCGCAAGGGCUCGCCCUCUGGCUGAUUAGAUUAAUGAAUCUACCCUUGCCCUAGCUGGUGCAUGAACUGGAACGCCGAAUGAAAUUAGCUCCUGGAGUGGUUGGGACACAUGAGAUAAUCGACACCAGGCGUGGACCUUUGGCCGAUUAGAUUAAUGAAUCUGCCCUUGCCCCAGCUGGUGCAUAAACUGGAACGCCGAAUGAAAUUAGCUCAUGGAGCAACUGGGGCACAUGAUAUAAUCGGCACCAGGCCUGGACCUUUGGCCGAUUAGAUUAAUGAAUCUGCUCUUGCCCCAGCUGGUGCAUGAAUUGGAACGCUAAUGAAAUUAGCUCAUGGAGUAACUAGGGUACAUGAGAUGAUCAGCACCAGGCCUGGACAUUUGGCCGAUUAGAUUAAUGAAUCUGCCCUUGCCCCAACUAGUGCAUGAACUAGAACGCCGAAUGAAAUUAGUUCAUGGAGCGGCUGGGGCACAUGAGAUGAUCGGCAAGAGGCCUGGACAUUUGGCCAAUUAGAUUAAUGAAUCUGCCCUUAGCCCAGCUGGUGCAUGAACUGGAACGCCGAAUGAAAUUAGCUCAUGGAGCGGCUAGAUCACAUAAGAUGAUCAGCACCAGGCCUGGACAUUUAGCCGAUUAGAUUAAUGAAUCUGCUCUUGCCUCAGCUGGUACAUGAACUGGAACGCCGAAUGAAAUUAGCUCAUGGAGCGACUGGGGCACAUGGGAUGAUCGGCGUUAGGUUUUGAAAUUUAACAUUGAUGAGAUUGC